UCCAUUCAUUUCCUCCUGAGAAACACACGGCGGCGGAGGAGGGAAGAGAGAGGGAGAGAGAGAGAGAAAGAGAGGGGUCAUAUUAGAAAGUGCGACAGAGGAAAACAAGACAGAAGAGAGGGAGACAGAGGGACGCUGUAAGGAUAGUGGUUCUUGCUGUCAAUUACUGAGGUUAAUAAACAAGGAACAGUGCCAUCAGGAUGUUGAUGCUGGAUGGGAUGCCAGCCCUGCCAGUCAAAAUCGAUCCUGCAGAGUCACAGAGACGGUCUCCUGUGAUCCAUGACUACACAGAGAUGGGCGUUCUGGUGUUGAACCGCAGAUUUCGGAAACCAUCAGAUGAUAGACGACUCCUGUCCGACCCCUUCCAGACACAAACAGAGCCUGUGGACCUGUCCACCAACAGAGCCAGAACCUCCCCGACACUUUUAGCAUCCUCAUCUUUAUCCUCGUCUCCUUCAUCAUCCUCAUCAUCAAUACGAUUUUGUCCACGCUCCUCUCCUUCCAGCAAAUCUGUGUCAUCUUCAUCACCGUCCUCAUUAUCUAUGCCUUCAUCCUCCUCCACUUCAGUUAUAACCCCAGUUCCUCGUCUGAAGAUGUCUCCAGUGGUGGCAUCUCCCCCGUCCAGGAGUCUCAGGGGGCAGUCGUUUUUGCACAUACCCCAGCUGAUGCCUCCUUGCUCCAGCCCGGUCCACCUCCAUCCACGCCGCGUGCCGGUGGUGAUGCAGCCCAUGCCGCUGGUCUACCCUGGAGUGGGAUCGCUGGGGAACAGCAGGCUCAUGAUGCCGCUGCUGGAGGAAAACAGGAUGCACAGGAAAGUCACACACCGAAUCGCAGAUGGACUGUCGCCUCGGCGAUCUCUGAGUGACAGCGAGGAUGAUGACUUACCCAACGUGACCUUGGAGAGUGUGAAUGAAACAGGUUCCACUGCCCUGACUAUCGCCCGCGCCGUGCAAGAUUCCCUGUUGCCGUUCAGCAUCGAGAGCCUGCGGAGGCCCAGGCCUUCAGAAUCCCCUGACUCAAAGAGGAGACGCAUUCACAGGUGUGAGUUUGAGGGCUGCAAUAAGGUUUACACCAAGAGCUCUCAUCUGAAAGCCCACAGACGCACACACACAGGUGAGAAGCCAUAUAAGUGCACAUGGGAUAACUGCACAUGGAAGUUCGCUCGCUCUGACGAGCUGACACGACAUUACCGCAAACACACCGGCGUCAAACCGUUCAAAUGCAGCGACUGUGACCGCAGCUUCUCCCGCUCGGACCACCUCGCCCUCCACCGUCGCAGACACGCCCCACAAACAUGCACAGUGUGAAAAAGACGUUUGAUGGACAAUGUAAACAGACAGAGCAGGUCUCUAUCUGCCAGUGUCGCAUGCAGAAGGUCUGGAAUUACACCUCGCAUGACAACGAGGUGAAAGACAUGGGAAUUUGACAGGAAUGAGAGACCAUGUUGAAGAUCUACAUUUCCCUCAUAUGGUUUAUCUUCUGCACUUUUAUGUGAGGUUUAUUCAUAAAGGUGGAGACGCAGAGUCUUUGUACUAACUAUUAAAAGCCAUGUGCUGUUAAAGGUGCUGUAUACGAUUUUUACACAUAAAUACUAUAGAAUAGGCAAGCACCUAUUUGCUAUGUAAUGAUAUAGUGUAGUAACAACAUCCUAAGCAGAGAGUGAAGUCAGAACCCUUCUGUUUGCGCAAUUCAAGCUUUUCUGUUACCCUUAGCCCUCCUUGCAUUUAUAAUGAGACAGUACGGAGCUUUCCCACAUGCCAUUUUCCUAUAGCAUAAUACUUAGCUUGACAUUGUUUACAAAAGCCAAAGUUAUAUGCAGAAGCAAAAGCCAUAGCAUUUGUUCUCAGGCUCCUAUAUUUAUGUUCAGUUAUUUUCCUUUAAUGGCAAUGAAGUGACCUAUGCAUUGCCAUUAAAGUGAAAUUGCUAAACCUGCACAUGAGAGCCUGAGAAAAAUGCUCAUUUUAGAAGAAAAUAUCAGAUAGAUUUUAAGUGAAAUAAGUCAAUACAGUGGUUGAAAAUCGUAUAGAGCACCUUUAAAUGUAUUUGAGUCUCCAAACCUUCAGGUUUCCUUCAGGAUUACUCAUGGAAGCCUUAUGGAAUAGCAUAUCACAAUGUUUGUCUAAAAAGCAUUGCAGAGGAGCCUACAUCUGUUCAGUGCAAGAUUUGCUAAUGCAUUUAGCAAAUAAAACUUUGGGGUGAAAAAUGUUUUUUUUACAAUGUGCAGGGUAAUAAUGGCAUGGCUGUCAUUGUGUAGAUCUAAGUACAAACUUGUUUCAAUUAAAAAGACAUGCAUCCACAAACACAAAACAAAGAAAAUAAGACAAGCAAACAUAAAACAUGACAUUAUCACAAGGCAUUUAUUGAAAGGUCACAUUCUAGCAUGGGCUCCGGUUAUCACUUUAUUAUGGAAUCUGAAAUGUUAUAUAACUGAAUGUUAGGAGAUGGCCAUAUCAUUGAUGUAGUGUUCUGUCCUCUCAGGACUCAGUUGUAUGAGGGAGACAUUCUCUCACACCGUUUUACAUUUUCCUUGCAUCAUUUGUGCACAAAACUAGUGUAGCAGAUGUCUGUAUAUUUUAUCAUCCUUACCAUGUGGUAUAUAUUUUUUGUUCGUUUGUAUUGUAUGUCAUAUAUUUGUUCUGUAUUCCGAGAUUUGCACCCUUCUGUCCAUAAAUAUGUGAUGCCAAAAUGUAUAGUAUUUUACAGGGAACCCAGUGACUAAAAAUCAUGAUUGUAAAUGAUCGUCAAAUGGGCAUUCCUUUUAUUUUAUUUCUCUCUCUCUCUCUUCUACAAUGAUGUAUCUGUAAAUGAUGUUAUGGUAAACAUUUCAGUUUUAUAUGGAUUUAACUGUGAAAUUAUAUAUAAAUACAGUAUAUGUUAGAAAAAGGCAUGAAUAAAAGCACAGAUUUGUAUGUACAGAAAAGACUUGUGUGAU